UCACUAUCGCGCCACUCCCCAAACUACUUAUAAAGUAGAACCCAAAAGACGAAGAGCUGCGCAGACAGAGCUCAACCACCACCCGACCCUCUCCAUCCUCCAUCCAACAGUGAAAUCUCCACACGGCACCACAAUGAGUUUGAGGAGCAAGUACAGCAGCCGCCCAGGACUACGCACGUCUUCGGGGGGCUUCAGUAGCCUGUCCCUGGGAUCCUACUCCAUCCCCAAGAUCAGCACCGCGGCUAACAAGACGAUUACAGCCGUGACCGUCAACAAGAGCCUGCUUGUCCCCAUGACGAUAGACAUCGACCCCAACGUACAAGUUGUGCGCAACCAGGAGAAAGAGCAGAUCAAGGGUCUCAACAACCGCUUCGUCUCAUUCAUUGAUAAGGUAAGAUUCCUGGAGCAACAGAACAAAAUGCUGGAAACCAAGUGGAAGCUGCUGCAGGGACAGACCUCAGCCUCCUCCAACAUUGACCCCAUGAUGAAGUCCUACAUCGCCAACCUGCAAAAGCAGUUGGACAUCCUCAACAAUGACAAAUACAGACUUGACAUGGAGAGCAAUGCCAUGCACAACAACGUGUACACCUACAAGACAAACUAUGAGGAUGAGAUCAAUCAGAGGAGUGAUGCGGAGAAUGAGUUUGUCCUGCUCAAGAAGGAUGUGGACGCAGGCUACAUGUCCAAGGUGGAUCUAGACGACGGUUUGUCUGUUCUCAGUGAUGAAUACAAAUUCCUCAUGGCUCUGUAUGACGAGGAGCUGCGUGAGCUGCAGGAGAGCAUGAAGGAGACGUCUGUGGUGGUGCAGAUGGACAACUCCCGCGGCCUGAACAUGGAUCAGAUCGUGGCCGAGGUUAAGGCUCAGUACGAGGACAUCGCUGCUCGCAGCCGCGAAGAAGCUGAAAGCUGGCACAAGACCAAGUUUGAUCAGAUGACUGCUGAGGCCGGUCAGUAUGGCAGUAAGCUGCAGAGCACCAAGGGAGAAAUAUCUGAACUCAACCGAAUGAUCAACCGCCUGCAGAAUGAGAUCCUGGCUGUAAAGGCACAGCGCACCAGCCUUGAUGGGCAGGUAGUCGAAGUGGAGCAGCGUGGGGAGGCGGCCGUGCUGGACGCCAAGGCUCGCAUCAGGGAUCUGGAGCUAGCUCUGCAGAGGGCCAAGCAGGACAUGGCUCUGCAGGUCAGAGAGUACCAGGAACUCAUGAACACAAAGCUGGCCCUGGACAUAGAGAUCUCCACCUACAGGAAACUGCUGGAGGGAGAGGAGGAGAGACUUGGACAGGCCUCUAUUGUCAACAUCCAAACAGUUCCCACCAAAACCAUCCAGGUUAACACUACUGUCCUCUCCACAACAGCCGUCCAGGAUUACAACCUCCCGACGCAAAGGUCAAAUACGGUUCUCAUCCAGACAGUGGACUCAUCAGAUGCCUAAAAACACUGCAGCGCAUUAGCCUGCUGGAUCACUGUGGCCAUUUAACUCUAACCUUUACAUGAAUUUCUUUGUGAGCUACAAUAAGCCAACUGCACCAAUGAGCCAAAUGUGUGUCUUAUUUGUUUAUUUUUCUCCUCCUGUUGUCACAUUAACAACUACUUCCUGUGUUUACAAUAAAGAUGUGCUCAGCUGCAUGAUCA